AUGACCUUGUCCUUAUUGGCGACUACGAGACCGAGACGCCGUUUCCAUGCCACGAGAGCAAAGCUGCCCCCUUCGUUCUUCGUGCAUGAGAACCAUAGGAUGUGGCCGCGGUCGGCACGGCCUUGGUCGUCCCUCACGAGCGUGUCCCGCCAACUGUGCGCCGGCCACACCGACGCAGACGAGGAGGACGAAGCGCACGUCUCAGGGACGCACGGUCAUCGCGACACGUACCGAAUCCAGCUUCUGUGGGAUCCGCUGCUGGCGCCCUUCGGCAUGCUCGGCCGUGAGUUCCUCGUUUUCUUCGACGGCUUCGACGGCUUCGAAAGGUGCGGUCCGGCCGUCAACGUGUUUCUUGAGAGCGAAGUUGCCAUCUUGGGCGACAGGUUAACUUAG